AUGCAGAGCCCCCCGACCGCACAACGACAACACCGCCGGUCGCCCGCGACAGACUCGGAUCAGACUUUCUACUCCAACACCUCCAGCAUGACGCUUGCCGGCGACGAUGCCGGCUCCAGGGCGUCGUCGGCGUCCAACCGCUCCGCUAGCAGCCAGUCGCGGCGGCCCAUGAAUCCCCAGCAGCAACUUUCUCAAAUUGAGAAAAGCGUUACGCACCUCCUAGUCGCCACGAAGCAGCUUCUCGAAACCCUCACUCUGUGGUCGCGCGGCACUGCAACGGAGAGCGAAGUCUCUGACGUCUAUGUGCGUCUCGGAUAUGAGUUCAACAUUGCCUCCCGCGCCUUCAACGCGAUCGGUGUCGACACAUCGGAUCUAGGAAAUGUCCCAGAGCUUCUCCGAAGCAUAUUGGAGGAAACCCUCAGUCAGGAAGCUUCCCAAGCGAGUCUCGACCGAUUUCUUCCGAGGAUACGGGACAUCAUAAUCAAUCUGCUGCAUGGCCUGAAGAAAAAGCAGCAGAGAUUACGCCAAAGAAGUGGCAGGGACUCGGCUGGAUCCAACGGGUCGAGCUCCAGACACGCGAGUGUGGGUGAGGACGAAGCACAGAGACAAAAACGUCAGGGGAGCGGAGAUCUGGGCCUUGACCACCCGGAUCUUCCUCCACGGACUUCAUCUGCUCACGGCAGGGCGUCACCCAGCAAGUAUGAAGGUCAAGGCGCGCAUUCGCGCGCCCGGUCGACCGCUAGCAAUCGAGACGGGAUGAACGCGUCUGACUCUUCGCUUUCGAGUAACGCCGCCCAAAACAUUCCCAUCAUCGCCCCGUAUCCUGAAGACGAAGGAGGCAUGCCCGCGCCAACCCCACCUUCCUCGAUUCCUGCGGAUUUCCCGCCGCCUCCGCCUCCUCCGAAACAGCAAGAUGCUCUAGCUGCGCUUCAGAGGGGUGGUGAGCUGGAGAGGAGGGCUUCGAGGCGGUUCUCAGCAUAUCAGAUCCAGAAGCACCUAGGCGCCUCGAAUGGCAUUCCCAUGAUGCCACCAAGCCAGAAUUCCCCGAUACCCAACCGCGGGCGAGAUGUGCGCGAGUCUAUGAAUGCCGUUCGCAAACGCGGCUCGCUGCUUCACACUCGCAAGCAAUCCACUCAGCAGGCAGCUGUCGACGCUUCUCCUAGUGCGAACACACUGGCAUCACGCAGAAUAUCAGAAGAAAGCAGCCAGAGUGAUGCUGUUGCGCCUUCUCCAGCCGUGCCUUCCGCUGAGGGGGAAGACUCAGCCGUAUCGGCCACAGAUGAUCAAGACGCCCAGCACGACGAGACUGAGGAGAAGCCUGAAGUCAGCGCGACCGUACCUGGGCCCGUCGAUGACAUCCCGGCCGCAGCGGAAGGAGACGACGACGACAAGAGCACUAAACGCCAAGCAGUAGUCACGCCUAGUCGUAGCGACUCUCGUAAAAUAAAGCCGGCGACGCCUCCGCAGAGUCAAGAAUUCAUUCCGGAUCAGUCUCCGCAGCCUGGUAAGGAACUGACCUUGUUCUUGCAAUACAAAAGCAAGAUCAAAAAGUUUGUUCUCCAGGACGGCUACAACGAUCUUUCGAUUGCGCGCCUACAGCUCGCUUUUAUCGAGAAAUUUGCCUGGAACACUCACAACAAUGGCGUCGAUCUACCAGAAAUCUAUGUUCAAGACCCAAUUUCUGGCGUUCGACACGAACUUGAGGAUCUGAGCGAUAUCAAAGAUCGCUCCGUCCUCGUCUUGAAUGUCGAAGCCCUAGAUGAAGUGAAGCGUCAUUUCGAUGACGGCCUCGGCGACAUCCGCAAGCUUGUUGAGAGUGUCAAGAGCGCAGUGGUAGACCAGCAAUCGGCCCUUCAGCGAGUCUCAGAUCGCCAGGCUCAGGCUGCAAAGGAAAUGGCGGGUUUGUCCGUUGCUCCAUCUGCUCGUACCUCAAUCGUGUCACCUCGUCCCACCGGCAAAAUCGGAUCAAUCAACCUCAAGGAUUCUGCAGCGCAGCUUGACGAGAUUCAGUCUCUUAGGCGUGAUCUCGCAGUCGUUCGCCAGACUUAUUCCUCCUUCGUAUCGGAUAUCGAAGCGAGCAUGGGCAACAUCCGUUCGAAGGCUGCCUCUGUAAAGAGCGCAGCAAUCAACGCCGAAGUUCCCACUUUGUCUGGUGAAACGGGCCGCUCCUAUGUGAACAAGGGCAAGAAGACUCUGAACGACGAUUCCGAGAAGAUCGUCAACCGCGUCGACGAUCUGCAGGAUCUUGUGGAGGAUCUGCGGAAAGAUGUUGUUGCCCGUGGCGUGCGUCCUCGUCCCAGACAGCUCGAGGUGGUUGCCAAGGAGAUCUCCUUUACCACAUCAGAGGUCAAGAAGCUUCAGGAUUUCCUCAAGAAAGAGAAGCCAAUCUGGACCAAGCUCUGGGAACAAGAACUGCAGAUGGUCAUGGAGGAUCGGGAGAUGCUUACCAUGCAAGAAGAGCUGGCGUUGGAUCUGCAAGACGACUUGGAGAAGCUGUCCGAGACUUUUGGCCUCGUGGAACAGGCGACAAAGUCGCAAAAUGUCCAAGGAUCUGGCAAUCGCCACACCAGCGUCAAGGCCUCGCAUGCGAUUGCCCUCGAUACCUCGGCCGAUCCUCGUGAAGCCAAGGACGGGAUGCUCAACGAAGUCAGGGCUCUUCAACCUAAUCAUGAAAGCCGACUUGAGGCAAUCGAGCGCGCUGAGAAGAUCAGACAGAAGGAACUCGAAAGCCGCAAGGAGGGCGAGUUCCAAAGGGAGCUCGGUAAAUUCGUCGAGGAAGGCAAGCUCAAGAAGAGUGGGGGUGUCGAGGAGGUCGAGCGCUUGCGAAUUGCCAAGGAUGAAAAGAUUCGAAAGGAGGUUUUCGAACUUCAAGCUAAAAGAGCCAUUGAAGCUGAGGAACGAAGGCGACAGAAGGCCGAAGCCAGGAGGCAGGCCCAGGCCGAGGCUGCAGCGGCCGCGGCAGCUGCAGAGAACGGCGAGGCUCCACAAGCAGAGGGAGAGUCAGCUGAAAAGCCAGCUGAAACGGAGGCGACAGAGGAAAAGAAGGAGGAGCAGGCACCCACCGAAAACGGUGGUGAGAAUGCUUCGUCCUGA